GAUGAUGUCUGUGCUAAUUCGGAAACUACCACAGGGACAGGGAACUCCGUUUUGUUAAUACCUAAUAAUAAUAUAUUGCCCGUUGCCCGUAAAAAGCACACGCAAAUCACAUCAUAGUCUCAUCAAGCAAACCGCCUAAAUCUUAUAAUUAUUUCUAAUUCUAAUUCACAUUUUAUGGUACAGUAUUUAUGCUUUGAUAAUCUUCCUCUUCUUCCGCAAUUUGCAUCGUAAAUCCGAUUCGACAUCUUUCUGGCGAAGAAAAACGUUGUUCCACUGCACCUCGGUCUAGAAUUCGGUGCUCCGCUCAAUGGCGAUAUUGGAGUCGCCGGAGAGUCUGGACACGACGUCGUCCAGCGCUGAAAAUGGCCACGGUCGCGACCACGCCACCACUUUGCGCCGCAGACCGAGCGCGCGGUCUGUUGAGCCACUUCUCGAGUCCGAUUCCAGCUCCCUCGAUGGCGAGACCGCUGUAAACGACGGAGAACGAUAUCAAAGUGACGCUAAUUCGGCCGCGAAGCUCUGUGGAGGAGCUAUUGAGUCAAACGAAGAGCGGGAAGCGGCAACGGGAAGUGAAGGAUUCACUUGUGGCAAGGGCGAGGCGGAGAAAGUGAAGGAAGGUGAUGGCAAAGGAGUGGACGCUUUGGCCGUCAAAUUUGCGUACAGGCCGUCGGCGCCAGCUCACCGCCGGAUCAAGGAAAGUCCUCUGAGUUCCGACGCAAUCUUUAAGCAGAGCCAUGCAGGUCUCUUCAACCUCUGUAUAGUGGUGCUUGUUGCUGUAAAUGGCCGGCUUAUCAUUGAAAACUUGAUGAAGUAUGGCUGGCUGAUCAAAGCAGGCUUUUGGUUUAGUUCGAAAUCACUGAGGGAUUGGCCACUUUUCAUUGUAAGUCUUCCAGUAUUCCCACUUGCUGCAUUUCUUGUUGAGAAGUUGGUGAAACAAAAGUAUAUACAUGAAUGGGUUGCUGUCUUUCUUCAUGUUGUAAUAACGACGACUGAAAUCUUGUAUCCCGUUGUCGUCAUUCUUAGGUGUGAUUCUGCCGUUCUGUCAGGAGUGACCCUAAUGCUCUUUGCUUGCAUUGUGUGGUUGAAGUUGGUUUCCUAUGCUCAUACAAAUUAUGACUUGAGGGUGCUUGCAAAGUCACUUGAUAAGUGGGAAGCAUUAUCUAGUUACUGGAACAUGGACUACUCAUAUGAUAUUAGCUUCAAGAGUCUGGUAUAUUUCAUAGUUGCUCCUACACUGUGCUACCAGCCAAGUUAUCCUCGUACAUCAUGUAUUCGGAAGGGUUGGGUGGUACGCCAACUCAUUAAAUUAGUGAUAUUUACAGGAUUUAUGGGAUUUAUUGUUGAACAGUAUAUAAACCCAAUCGUACAGAACUCGCAACAUCCUUUGAAAGGAAACCUUUUGUAUGCCGUCGAGAGGGUCUUGAAGCUAUCAGUUCCAAAUUUAUAUGUGUGGCUCUGCAUGCUAAACAUACUCGCUGAACUUCUACGGUUUGGUGAUCGUGAGUUCUAUAAGGAUUGGUGGAAUGCGAGAACAGUUGAGGAGCCAGUCCAUAAAUGGAUGGUCCGCCAUAUAUACUUUCCAUGCUUGCGGAAUGGGAUACCAAAGGUAGUUGCAGUUUUGAUUGCCUUCCUCGUGUCAGCUAUUUUUCAUGAGUUGUGUAUUGCUGUCCCUUGCCACAUGUUCAAGUUGUGGGCAUUCAUCGGACAACUUGUGGCUACUGUGAAAAGGGAGUUGUUUUGUGGUGUUAAACUUAAGGUGGGAAAUAUGAUGUUCUGGUGUUUUUUCUGUAUCGUUGGUCAACCAAUGUGCGUGUUGCUAUACUACCAUGACUUGAUGAACCGAAAAGCCAGUGCAAGGUAGGCCAUGUUCCUUCUCUGAGAAAGCCUCCUUGGUGUAGAAAAUAUAAAUCCUUUUAGUACCAAACCCUUUAUGCAAUGGAAAGAAUAAAAUAACAACCAAUUGUUUGCCAAGUGAAAAAUCUGGAGCCGCCAUUCGUAACUGAGCUUGCGCCGAUUGAGUUAUCAAUAUCAAGAUAUUUUAAUAGUGGAUUUUAUGGUUUCUCGGGAAAGGGGUUGGUCGGGUGAUGCGGUUUUGGAUUAUAUUUGUUCUCAUUACAUCUUGUGAAUUCGUGAUGGGUUGAAGUUGUAUAUUUUAACAUUGCGGGUAAUGUGACUUCAUGAGCCUUGUAAAUUUACAUUGACUUGCUGAGUGCCGGGUUUUGGUUCGCCUGGACAGCCCUCUCUCUACUUUAAAUAAUAAAUAGCAAUUUAUUUCUUGAAGUUUUCUAUC